GUUUAACACUACGACAUUUUCUAUAGGAAACAAAUUUCCCACUAGAUCAGUGGAAAGUUACCUCCCACUGGCUUAGUGGAAACCACUGUGACGAUUAGAUGCGCUCCGCAAUAUUCAUGAAACCCCAGUGGUCUGCAGGGGCCCACUGCUCACUCUACACUCUUCUUGAUGGCGAGCAUGCUGCUGCCCUAACAAACGAAAACAUCCAGCCAGCACGGACCCAGAGGCAAUGGCCUUCGCAACCGCAGUUCUGGACGCGUGUAGUUUUGCUGCGCGCUUUGCGCUUUCGCACUCCCCGAUAUGCAGCGUGCGUUGUCUAUACUACUUGUUGAUGACGAUGUUUGACUCGCGGCUGCAGCGCCUGCGCCCAGCGGCGCGCAAGGCUGUCGCAGCUUUCUUAGCGACGGCCGGGGACCAAGAUCCCCUACUCGUUCUGGAGUGGCAAGAUAACUUAGAUCUCUGGCCACAGUACGUGGGCGGUGUUCGAACUGAAGUUUUGAACGCUCUGACGGCCCUGGGCGGACUGCGGUGCCCCGAGGACCCUAACCACGCCGUCUCGUUCCGCACAACGGCCGCUCUGCUUCAUGCCAUGACCGAGAUGAGACAGCACCACUCCGACUUCGUGGGCAUCAGCGCUGCCAUGGCGGCAGCCUUUGGCAGGCCAGAACGGCCGGCGGUCGCCCGCUCCGUCAUCAUUCACAAAGUCAACGGGCGGGCGGAAGUCGUGCCCCAGAGCACACAGUUCUUCGUGUUAUGAAUCCGGCGCCCAGCCAGCCUCGUUCAUUCCCCAGCCAUUCGCCUGCCUGCCGUUGGCAGCAGCCGGCAGUGUCAGAUUUGCGGUCUUUGCUGGCGAGCAUAGAAUGGCACGGCGUGUGUUAGAUUUAUUGCUGUUUGGUUUAUUGCCGGUUGCGUUGUGCUUGAUAGCGGGACGCGGCUGGACACAUGGCGGGCGGUGAGGGGCGGUGCCUGUACAAACCGACGACCCCAGCUAUAGCGGUGUACGGAGUUGCCAGGCUGCAACAGCAGCGAGCUGCACCCCCUCCACGCACGCUACUCAUCCCCUGAUGAUGGGCGGGUAGAUAUCGCAUGUACGCUUUGAUUGCGCUCAUGCAUGGCUACCAACGAAGGUACCAAGCAGGCAAGCACCCCGCUAUGUUGCGGUCCUGCGUGCGUCGGGACUCGGGACCUGGCGCGGGCAAUCGGGCAUGUCGCAGGCAUGUCAAGGACAGGCACUCAGGCGUUUGAUGCCAUGCGUGCAGCUGUGAGAAUGAGAGUGCGAGGUUACGGUGCUGUUGCGUUACUCCUCACCGUGCCACCUAUCGCGCAUCCACUCAACCCGUACGCCAUACCAGCAUUAGGCCUCCUGCUUCUUGGGUGAUCUGCUGAGAGGGUGCCACAUACAGCGGGACCGGCUGGAGUGACGGUUAGUUGCUUGGUCACAUGCCCCGGGCCAGUUGCCCUUUGGUUACCCUCAUCGUUUUGGACCGUACCGUUACGUUACGGCGUUUUGCAACGUUACAUGUUGGCUAUCCACACAUGCGCUCGUCCACUGCUUGCUAAUUGCUAGCCGGCCCAACCACCACAACCAGUCGCUUGCUGCCUCCGCUUCGCUCCGCGUCUACACGUUUGUUGGGUGGCUGAGCUUCCAGAGCGAAGCGACAUCUGGGGGGUGAACCACCCCGCGAAAUCACUCCAUUCUUCACAUUAACGGUUACCCCCGCCCCCCAAGGAUCACCCUAUCCAUGCCUGCCUGCUUGCCCCCGUACCAUCAUAAGAGCAUUGCUCAACGCCAUGCUUGUUUGCGACCAUAGCAUACUUGGAGGGCUGGGUGGAGGGCUUGGUAGAGGGCGUGGUGAAGGGCUGGCAGCGGGCUGGGUGCGUGGAGGGCUGGGCGGGCCACCAACAGGGUCAGGGACCCCAUCAUGAAGCGGGUAUUGGAGCGGGCCCCUUGGACUAGGGACCCAGAUUACCUGGGCGUCCGCGCUACCCGGGGUUCGAACAGGUCCCUUGCCUGACGGAGGGUUACCCAGAGGACGAGGGACCCAAAACCACCCAGGUCAGUACGGGAGGGUACGGGAGGGUCCCAAGGAGGGUCCUGCGUCAUUUACGGGGGGAGAGGGCGGGGAGAAGGUAGGGCCGCAAUGGAAGAUGGUAAGGGGCAGGUUGGCGUAGCCGUGUACUGUAUGUGCAGUGUAUUCUCAGACCCCAACAAU